AUGAACCUUUCGGCGACCUUCCUCUCCGGGCGCCAGAAUAUCGGAUCAGAAGUUGAGGUGUCCACUAUUGAGAAACAGCGGAAAGAACUGCAGCUGCUGAUUGGAGAGUUAAAAGAUCGAGAUAAAGAGCUCAAUGACAUGGUCGCGGUACAUCAGAGACAGCUGCUUUCAUGGGAAGAGGAUCGGCAGAAAGUGUUGACUUUGGAAGAACGUUGUAGCAAAUUAGAAGGUGAACUACAUAAAAGGAGUGAAAUAAUCAGGUCGCUCAUGAAGAAGGUAAAAACCCUCGAAUCGAAUCAGAAUGAAUGCCAGGUGGCCCUUCGAAAGACUCAGCAACAGCUUCAAGAAAUGGCUCAGAAGGCAACCCAUGCUUCUCUGCUCUCUGAAGACCUUGAGGCUAGAAACCAAAAUCUCAGCAACACGUUAGUGGACCUUUCUGCCCAGGUAGGACAAUUGCAAGCUCGAGAACAGGCGCUCACUACCAUGAUAAAGUUAAAGGACAAAGAUAUUAUCGAGGCAGUCAAUCACAUUGCAGACUGUUCGGGUAAAUUUAAAAUGUUGGAACAUGCCUUGCGUGAUGCCAAGAUGGUGGAGACUAGUAUAGUGAAGGAAAAGCAAGAUUAUAAGCAGAAAUUAAAAGCACUUAAGGUUGAAAUUAGUAAACUAAAAGAGGAGCUAAAUGAAAAAACAACAGAAAAUAAUGACCAACGAGAAGAGAUCAUUCGCCUCAAGCAAGAGAGAAGUUACCUGCACGAUGAGCUGGUUUUUACUGUAGAAAGAGAGAAGAGGAAAGAUGACUUACUUGACAUUGCAAAGUCAAAGCAGGAACGGACAAACACGGAACUGUACAACCUGAGACAGAUUUACGUCAAGCAACAGCAUGACCUGCAGUUUCUUCACUUUAAUGUGGAAAAUUCUCAGGAAUUGGUACAGCUGUAUGACUCAAAGAUGGAGGAACCAAAGGGCCUCGAGUCUAGCGGAGACAUGUGUUUAUCAGACCUUGAAAAUAGCCACCCAAAAGCCGAUGUUAAGAGGGAGAAAGAUCAGAAGUUACUGGUUAAGGACCAGAUAUCUGAGACCAUGUUGGUUCAGCAAAAUAGGUCAGACAAGAGCUCUUACGAGGUGUGCAAAGAGAAGAAACUACAGGUUAAUACCACAUUUGGGGAAAAAUGUAUAAUGACUCUCCCAUCUCUGUUUACAAAAGACUCAGUGGAGAAACAAAAGUCUUGGUCUCUGGGAGGAAAAAUACAGACUGAACCUGAAAACAAAAGCACCUUGUGCAAGAUCCAUGCAAAAUCACCGAAAGAGGUUGAAAUUGGCCUUCCACACCGAGAGAAACAGCUGUCUGAGUCGUCGCUAUCUGAUGGGAAGCAGUGGCAUGACUUCAGUGUUUACCUGGGCCUGGCCCCCUGCUCUGGCUCCAGACCAGCUGAAAAGCAUGUUGAAUGUCAGGAUCAGAGGGGCAGGUCUGAGGUCUCCUGUUGCCAGAACAACGAGGCCUGUCUGAGCGAAGGUGACAUCUGUGACGCGAAGUGCUGCCACCCGAGUAACUUUGUAGUUGAAGCCCCAGGCACCAUGUCUGACGUUCAGUGGAUGAGCCUCUUCAAGCCGUGUAAAGUGGAGCGAAUCGUGCGGCACAAGUCCAUGUGCAUCUGCUCUGAGCGUGUCAGUGGAGCGAAGUAUAACUCCUCAGCCAGUGAGCCCUUUGUCACCGUCGUCCAUCAUUCCUCGUGCUUGGGUUCUUCAAGUUCUACCUUGAGAGAAGAGGAGAAGUUCAUAGAGACAGACUCCUCUUCUGACAAAAAGAACUCUUCCAAGGCUUUGUUGAUCAACCAGGAGGCAGCAUUGCCCAGUGAAAAGGUUUGUGUUGUGUUCUCUUCCCAGGACGAUUUUUCUCCCACAAGUAAGCUUCAGCGUUUGCUGGCAGAAUCCCGUCAGAUGGUGUCUGACCUGGAGCUGAGCACUCUGCUCCCCUUCAGCUCUGAGAACCUCAACGGUGGUGACCAAGACGCCAUCAGCAUCAGCAAAGCCAUCAAUACCCAGGAGGCACCUGUGAAGGAGAAGCACGCCCGGCGCAUCAUCCUGGGCACGCACCAUGAGAAAGGGGCCUUCACCUUCUGGUCCUAUGCCAUUGGCUUGCCGCUGGCCAGCAGCCCCAUCCUCAGCUGGAAGCUGUGUCACGUGCUGCACAAGGUCCUGCGAGACGGGCACCCCAACGUUGUGCAUGACUGCCAGCGGUAUCGCAGCAACAUCCGGGAGAUCGGGGACCUGUGGGGACAUCUGCACGACCGGUAUGGGCAGCUGGUGAGCGUAUACACCAGGCUUCUGCUGACCAAAAUCUCCUUCCACCUCAAGCACCCCCAGUUUCCUGCGGGCCUAGAGGUGACAGACGAGGUGCUGGAGAAGGCAGCGGGAACCGAUGUCAACAACAUGGUUUCACCUCUGUUGGUACUGUCUGCGAGUGAGGCCCGGAAGGAGGCUGAAGUUGGGGAUGGGGCUAAUUUGGAGGCAGAGGUGCUGUAG